GAGGCGGUUAAUAACAGCGAUCCCGAAAACCCACGAAAUUAAAAGCGUCUCUCCUCGCCUCUCAUAUCUUCUUCCACUCGCCCUCGCAAGCCGAUCUCCAUUCCCGACGCGGUGGUCACUUAGUUUCCCGCCCAUCCGCCUCCAGCCUCUAAAAAUACCGUUCGAAUUCCUUGCCCAAGAAAUCUUCCUCGCUCUCUCUUCCUCCCCGCCCCCCUUCCCUCCCUCUCGAGGCUCAUCGAAAGGUUUUUGCCUAUAAGCAUCUUGGUCUGUGUCCCUGGCCUGGUACAAUGGUUUCCUUUGAGAUGAAUGAUCGUAAAAAGAUUGGACUAGGACUGACAGGGUUUGGUAUAUUGUUUUCAUUUUUGGGAAUCAUUUUCGUCUUUGACAAGGGACUGCUAGCAAUGGGGAAUAUUCUCUUCCUGUCAGGUGUCAUGUUAACCAUUGGACUGAAAUCCACCAUGCAAUUCUUCACCAAGCCGAAAAACUACAAGGGCACAAUCUCAUUCGGAUUUGGUUUCUUUCUGGUCCUGAUUGGGUGGCCUGUCUUUGGCAUGAUCUUUGAGUCCUAUGGUUUCAUUGUUCUCUUCAGCGGCUUCUGGCCUACUCUUGCAGUUUUUUUGCAGAGAAUUCCUGUGCUUGGCUGGCUAUUCCAACAACCUUUUGUGACAUCGUUCCUUGAUCGCUAUAGAGGCAAACGUGUACCCGUGUAACAAUGAUCUUGUUGCAACACAAAGUUCUUUGUAAGAUAGCAGUCAACGUUAGCUGUUAGACUAUUGAUUUUGUUGAACUCUUAACAUGCUAUGUGCAGUAUCCUGCCGCAAGUGGGUUAUGUUGAUCACUUGGCAUUUUCAUUCUUUGUAAGAUAGCCUAUCUGUUGGGCGUCAAAUAUCAUACAGAAUUUUUUACAUGCCGCUCCUAUCAGCUACUCACUGAUAUUUGCUUUUGCGGCUUUGAUUGUAACUGCUUGACAUCUUCCUGCUUCACCCAGGAGAUGGUUAAAUCAGAGAAAUGUCACAAUAUUUGCUUCAUAAUCGGUGGUUGUGCUUAAA